AUGAACGAAACAAACCCCUCCUUCGUGCUCCGCGCCGUCCAGGACAUAGUCUUCGAAGACCAGGUAGUGCCCGCACUGAAAGACCCCUGGGAUGUACGCGUGCGAAUCGCGCAGACUGGCAUCUGUGGUAGUGAUAUUCAUUAUUGGCAGCGAGGACGGAUUGGAGACUUCAUUCUAGAAUCACCCAUCGUGCUCGGGCAUGAGAGUUCGGGAACUGUCGUGGAGGUUGGUUCCGCGGUCAAGGACCUCCAUGUCGGCGACCGAGUGGCCAUAGAUCCCGGGGUGCCAUGCAGACACUGCGAGUACUGUCGCAGCGGCUCUUACAAUCUCUGCCCAGACACCGUGUUCGCAGCGACGCCUCCGCAUGACGGCACGCUAUCCAAGUACUACAUCACGCAGGCCGACUUCUGCUACCCGCUACCCGCACACAUGGACCUGGAAGAAGGGGCGCUGGUCGAGCCUUUGGCCGUGGCCGUGCAGAUUACCAAGGUAGGCAAGGUGAAGCCUAACCAGACAGUCGUGGUCUUCGGGUGUGGGCCCAUUGGUAUUCUUUGUCAGGCCGUGAGCAAGGUGUAUGCAGCGCAGAAGGUGAUCGGGGUAGAUAUCAGCGCAUCUCGGGCCGAGUUUGCGCGCAAGUUUGGUGCCGACAAUGUAUUCGUGCCGCCGACAAAGUCCGAGAGAAUUGAAGACUCCGCAUGGAGCGAGAACGUGGCACAUAUGAUGAAAGAGCAGUUCGGGCUGGGCGAGGGACCCGAUGUGGUGCUGGAGGCGACUGGCGCGCAGAGUUGUAUCCAGACCGGGAUACAUUUGACCAAGAAGGGUGGCAUGUAUGUGCAAGCCGGUAUGAGGCGAGAGGAGUUGGGUUAUCGUCACCCUUUCCUUGGGGUAUUAUUGGAUCACUCUCCGAGCAGUGUUGACUCUGAUCAGAAUGUCGUCUUCCCCAUCACCACGGCCUGUAUCCGUGACUUGACUAUCCGGGGUUCCAUCCGGUACACGACUGGGUGCUAUCCAACUACUGUGGAUCUGAUCAGCAGUGGCAAAACCAAUGUCAAGUGGCUCGUGACGGACCGGUACAAGUUCGAGCAAGCAGGGGAAGCAUUUGAGCUGGUCCGGCAAGGGAAGGAGAGUGUGAUCAAGGUGAUCAUUGAGGGUGUGUCUUCCUAA